UCUUCAAAACGACUAAGCUUUAUUGCGCACAUCAGUGUUCAGCAAAGAAGUUUAAAUAAAGAGACGGAUCGUUUGAAUUACUGAAGAACAGAGGAAGCAGAACAUUCUGCCUCCAGACCACUAAACAAAAUGAUGGAGUUACCGAACUACAGCAGCCAGCUGAUGCAGCAGCUGUGGGCCCUGAGGAAGGAGGGCCACUUCUGUGACUGCACCAUCCUGGUGGGAGACAGCAGUCACCGUGCUCAUAAGCUGGUGCUGGCCGCCUCGAGCCUGCUCUUCAGGUCUCUCCUGGAAGGCUCUGACACCAUCUCCAUCGACACGACUGUGGUUUCCUCACAGGAGUUUGGCUGUCUCCUGGACAUGGUCUACACCGGCAAGCUGCCCCUGGGCAAACACAACGUCAGCCGCAUCGUCACUGCUGCAGACAGCCUACAGAUGUUUGACGUAGCUGUUGGCUUCAAAAACGUCCUCACCAGCUUGGUGACUCAGACACCCUCAGUCCCAGUACAUUCUAUGCAAACCCCAACCCUCACCAAGAUCAACAAAGCCCAGAGCAUUCCCCCUGAAGGUUUAGCCUCAACCAGCAAGGAUGACUCGACAGACAAGAUGGAGAUUAGGGCUGAGCUGAAGAAGGAACACUGUCAGGGUGAAAGAGAUGACACAGAGGAACCAGCAUGCAAAAUACCCUGUGUGGAAGUCUCUGACACCUCAGCAUCUGAAGAAGCCAAAUCCUCAGAGAAUGCAGUGGAAGAAAACAAAAAGCAGCCAGCCAAGGUAUCCAGUGAGCCUGCUCUUCUAAAACGUUCCUCUCAGCUCGUGGAGCUCCUCGCCACCGUGUCAUCUGUCGUGGAGCUGCUGAGCCAGGCAGCACAGAGCAGCCUGGAUGAGCAGGAGAGACAGGUUGUGUUUCAGUGCUGUGAGGAGGCAGAUCCCAGCACAGUGUUGGAGAAGCUGAUGAGUAGAGUGAAGGACAGGCGGAUCAGUGAGGGAGCUCUUCUCCGUCUCCUCCGUACCGUUCAGCAGAAAACUACAUCGAACUUCCCCUCACCACUGCUCUCCCUGUUGGAAGAGGUGGAGAAGAACACACAGCAGCCAGAUGAAAGCCAACCUAAAGUCUGCUCAGAGCAGCAGAAUGGUACCAGAAGUGAAGAAAAACAGAAGGAAGAGGUAGAAGAUGAAAUCAGUAAGGAGGAGACUGAAGAGGACAAGAAAGACACAAAUGCUACAACAGAGUCUUCGUCCCCUCCCCCCUCCUCCUCCUCCCCGUCCUCCCACAAUAAGCCCUUUACCUGUCAUUGGUGUAAGAAGAGUUUUGAUUACAAGUGUCGAAUGCUGGCCCACACAAAGCGCUGCUCCAUGUCUCAGGAGUGUGAGCAGCAGUGCCCAGAGUGCCCAGAGAAACUGGCCAACCAGCGGGCUCUGCAGCGCCACCGGGCUGAGGUCCACCGCAACAGCGCACGUGUCAAGAAGAAAGUGGCCUGUGACCUCUGUGGACGCACCUUCGCCCAUCCAUCAGGUAUGAUUUACCACAAAAGGACAGAGCACUUUGAAGAGAAACCAUUUGCUUGUGAGGAAUGUGGCGCCAAGUUUGGCGCCAACUCGUCUCUGAAGAAUCACAUGCGGCUGCACACAGGAGAAAAACCUUACCACUGCAAACACUGUGACAUGAGCUUCAGUGUGGCUGCUGCACUUGCAUACCACACCAAGAAGAAACACUCUGAGGGGAAGAUGUAUGUGUGUCAGUAUUGCAAGGCUGUCUUCGCCCAGUCCAUAGAGCUGACACGUCACGUGCGAACACACACUGGUGACCGGCCUUAUGUGUGUCGGGAGUGUGGCAAAGGCUACAGCCAGGCCAGUGGACUCACCGUCCAUCUGCACACCUUUCACAAUUUGUCAGAGCCCCACGACUGUCAGAAGUGUUGUUUGAGUUUCUCCUCACUGGAGGAGCACCGGCAGCACAUACAGGAGUUCCACCCAAAGGAGUUCCACAAGUGUCCCACCUGCAACAAAGUGUUCACCAGCGCCGCUCUGCUGGACAAACACAAGGCCACACACACCGGAACAAAGCCGUUCAGCUGUGACCUCUGCAACAAGUCAUACCAGCAACUGUCAGGCCUAUGGUACCAUAACAGGACCAACCAUCCUGACGUGUUUGCCAGUCACACCCGGCAGCUCAAGACCCUGGUCCAGUGUGAUGUCUGCUUUAAGUUCUUCCCCAGUGCCUCCAGUCUGGCCAAACACCAAGCUGCUGAGCAUCAAGGCUCCGAGGCGUCGGCGGUGCGUUGCCUGUACUGCAAGGCUGUGCUGGGUGGGGAUGAGGAAAUGCAGGAGCACAUCUGCAGUCAGCACAUCAGUCAGGGCAGUGAGGCAUUCAACUGCCCCCUCUGCUCCCUGGUCUGCACCUCUCAGCUGGAGUUGCAGGAGCACCUGCUCUCCUGCCACAUGGAGACGCAGCAGGAGCAGGAGAGCGGAGAGGAGGACCAGGCCUCCACCUCCUACACGGUGAUUUCAGCAGAUUCAACAGGGAGCAAAGAGGAAGGAGCAUCAACCCUUCCUGAGGAGCAGAGGCAGCUGGGAACUGGCCAGCAGGUGUUUGUAGCUCUGGCAGGUGGAAGAGAGGGCAGAUCAUCAGCGGAGGUGAUGGAGGUGAACAUGUAUGAACUGCUGAACAGCUCCGUCACCUUCAUCUGUGAGGACAAACCGUCAGGUCCUAACUCCUAACUGUGAACUUUUCUCUGAUAGAUUUGAUGUGCCGGUUUAAAUGUGAUGAAUGUGUUUUAAUUAUUCACUCUUUGAGAGUCUUGAAAGUUCUACUGGGUAUUUAUUGAACAUUUAACCACAACUGAGCAAACUAAAUUCACUGACAAAGACUCUCAGAGCAUGUUAAUAUUGUAUUCAUUGUAAGAUAAGGUUUAACUUAAAAGAUCAAAAACCGUCUGCCAGAAUUUCUGCCUCCACUCCCUGUCUGUGGCCCUGUCCUGAGACCAGUGACUCCUACUGAAGACACAGAUCGUUAAAAGUAGGUCACAGAUGUACUUUCACCCUUUAAAAAAGACGUUAUGAUGUAUGUGGGAUUGAGUCAAAAUAAAUUGUAUUUUUAAGUAA